AUGAAAUCAAUAAAUUCUGCGUUUUUUUACAUAUUGUUAGCAAUUGCAUUAUGUACACCAAAUGUUUCCUCGUACUGUGGAAAGGAUAGACAAAUCGAAGAUUUACGAACGGCGUUAAUAACACAGGAAUCCAUUUCCACGGUAUUGACAACACUAAGCGCAAUACCGGUAACCGGUGCGACGUUAGCGUUCGCGCAAAUGAUGAUGUCCGGUCGAUUUGGUUUGCAUUUGAAAGAAGUGUUUAAAGAAAUGAAAACUUCUUUGGAUAAGGAUCAUAGAGACUACAAUCAGUGUUCAGAAAUCUUAGAAAAAACAGUAACAGCAAGCACACUCAUCAAGUCAACUAGUUUUGGGUUCUCUCUGACGGCAAUGAUACCGGGUGUCGGUUUGGCAUUUUUAGCUCCGAGGUUAGGUACAUCGAUAUCUGCUAUGUUACUUAUAAGAGAAAGAUUAGAAUUUUGGCAAAAUCUUGGUUGCCAAUAUGCUACAACAAGAGAUUGUAAUUUAUAG